CCGCCAUUGGAUAACAUAACAGCUUCCAACCCGUAACUCAGCCAGCUCUUGAUUCUGACAUCUUCACCUUCAUCUUCUCAAUCUUGAAAACAUCAAGACGCACACGCCCCAAUAUGCAGCGCAACCAUAUCUCAGACCCGAACGAACCGUUCCCUAAGCCACAGGCUCUCGCCUCGGCCACAACGACGCACUCGCAAAGCAGAUUCCGCAUCUCGACCCGCAAGCUGCCCAUCUCUAAAUCCGGUACCAUCGAUGCACUCACCGAAAAGAUUGGCAUUCCGAUGCCGGAGAUGAUAUUUGGAGACAACGUCGUCGGAAUUGAACAUGUGCCUUCAGGCUGGUCCCUGAACUUCAACACUCCAGAUGCGCUUGACGCCGUCGACAAGACAGAUCGCCACAUGCUCAAGGUUGCAUAUGCUCGAGACUGGGAGAGCACCCGAGAAGGCACCACACAGGGUAUAAAGGAAGUUGUGAAGCCCUAUGACUGGAGCUACUCGACGACAUAUACUGGUAGCAUCGAGGCCUCGGCUAUGCAGUUUGCGCCUACCGACAAGGUGAUCCCUAUUGAGCUCCUGAAGCGUCGAGACCCUAUCCUUUUCUUUGACGAAGUUAUGCUGUACGAGAGUGAGCUGGACGACAACGGCAUAUCCAUCUUCAGCGUCAAAGUCCGCGUGCACGAGAAGCGCAUGCUUUUGCUGUGUCGGUUGUUCAUGCGCCUGGAUAAUGUUGUCCUGCGGAUACGUGACACCCGUGUCUAUGUCGAUUUUGAGACUGAUGAGGUUAUUCGCGAAUACUCGGCGCAAGAAGAGACCUACGAGAAAGUCAAGAGGAAACUUCUCAUGUCUGGAAGACUCCCAGACGACAUUACAAUCGCACUGAGAGAUCCCAACGUCCUAGCUCCACUACUGCCGCUCGUGGAGCAUCGGGCAGAAGCUCUCAACCCAAGUGCAUGAGAACAAAUCAGGACAGGAAAACAAGAACAUCAAGUCACGGCGUUUCUGGAGUUGAGGCAUAUUACACAUUACACAAAUGUGUAAGGAGCGGGAUGAAACUCGCAAGUCAAGGAUUUAGUUGUCUGAUAUCAAUAAGUCAUCAAAGUGUACUCUUUGAAUACCCCCGCCGCAGACCUCUUCACCAUUUGACUCAACUCUGACAUGGGAUCCAUUCUUGCCCUCCUCAACGUACAAUGCAAUGUGAGCCCGAAACAGGCAUCAUUCAGAAUUUUCAUAAAAUACCCUGACCUAGCAUACUCCCUUUGUGUAACUCCCAAGGUUUUGCUCGAAAACAGUUGCUCCAACCCGCUGAACGCCUCGGCCCUUUUCCUUUCAUAUUACUUGGCGCCCUCAUCUCAUUCUUUGUGCUUUGCUUUGCUCUGCUUCGCUUCGUUUGUGCUUCAUCGUGCAAGUGGAGACGAACUCUGCGUAACCUCCUCAAAGUCAAGUUCCCACCUGUCAACCUCUUUAAACUUCCUUGCUGCUUGCUUGAGCUCAUCAGCUGAUGGAGUGCUUGCGUUCUCACCACUUCCGUUCUCAAAAGUAUCGUCUGGGAGUGGCUGAAAACGACUGGCUUCGUGCUCAUCCUCGUCUUCAUCGCUACCAGCAUCAUUCUCAUUCUCAUUCUCCUUGUCCGAUGACCGACGCGAGUAAGUCUUUGCAUUACGACCCGUUUGCUUGUCAGAGGUCGGCUGUCUGGGCUUGAGAGCCUGAGUUGGGCGCCCGCCUCGUGAGCCUGGUCGCCUUGCGCCUCCGCGGCUGGUCGAUCGUCCGCCUCGUCUUCGACGCGCAGCCCGGCUGUCAAGAUACGAUAGCUCGUCCUCGUCCUCCCCGAUACCGGAUGUGUCAUGCUCCUCGUCGCUCUCCAGUCCCAGUGGGUCCCGCUGCUUCUUGUAAUGGCGCUUCGGAAGUAGACUCGUCAAGUCGGCAGUUGUUAUCUUUGGUGAUGGUUGCUGACGUCGAGUUGUAGCCCGACCUCGGGACUUCGGUGCCUCUGCAUAAUUGGGAGAGUGUGUCAGAGAAGGAGGUGAAGAUACAUCUGAAAAGUUAUCGGCGCGAAUAGGUGUUGUGGCGGAAGGCCUUCGGCGUCGCUUAGCCAAGGUAUGAAUAUCAGGCCAGUUCACGUCUUCUGAAUCACUACUGGCAGGUAGAGCCAUGAGCUCCUCGUUAUUGAUGGGGGUAACAGGCCUGUCCAGAAGCACCGGAGAUGGUCCUAGGGGAGAAUCGAGAUCUGACAGUGAAGAAUCGCUUGCAUCAUCAGAAAUCACCUGGGGUGCUGGUCCCGCUUCUUCCUCUGAUUCUUCGUCCGCGUCUCUCUCAAUUCGCGAUACCUUAUCAGGCCGAUCACUACUUGGUAGCGCAUCUUCGCUCUUUCUUUUCCUGUGCUUCGGUCCUGCGGAGACUUCUGGAGAGGCAGGAACCUCGAUCUCCGGCUCAGUCUCGGGCUUUGUCCGCCGUCGGUUGUUGAGAGGUGUCGAUUCGGCUUCAGGCAUGAAAUCGUCCUCGUCCUCGUCCUCGCUCGCUGAAUCCGGUUCCUGUCCUGCGGCAUUUUCUUCCGGUCGAGGCUUUCGCGCAGUUCCCAAAAUGCUUGGCUCUCGUGCGCGCCGCUUGAAGGCACCGAAGUGAAGUGUCGAGCUGAUACUGGGUGUGUUGCCGCCGCGGCUACUGGGCCUAAUGGGAGGGUCGUUGCGCCCAAUAAUGCUGGAUUGGCGUGGUCUACGCCUGAAGUUGCUCAAGUUGAGAGAGGAUGCAUCAGCUGAGCGCAGUCCUGGUCGGGUAUCGUCGUCCUCGAUCCCGAAGCUAUCGUCGAGAUCACCAAACACGCUAUCGGCUAAAUCUAGUCCAGUCGUGUCCCUUCUUCGAGUUGGUGUAGCUGUUACUCGUCGUCCACCUUCGAUUGAGCUUCCAGAAUCUCCAUCCUCAACAUUGUUACUGGCUGUGGAAGUAGGAUCCUCGUUGGCUAGCUUGUCUAGCGCUGCGUCGCGACGCCUAUUCGCCGCGAGAACAUCUUGCUCGUUGACGGCACUUGAAUAAGCACCUGAAGAUCGUGUCGUCCUUCUACGGCCUCUCUCGGGAGACCGAGUCGGUCGGGGAACUUCGUUGUCACUUGCAUCGGGUGAAGGUGAUCGUGCAUGAGACUUCGCAGAUUGUGCGGGUGCACGACGCGCACGUUUAGCUCGAGGCAUUGAGGCAACAGAUCUGGAAUAUGCGUCGCAAGGAGGUAGUUUGUAGAAAUGGUAACCGAGAUACUCUUUGCGACUUUGGAGAAGAGCUUGUCGAGACAAAUUCCGGGGGGUGGGUUUUGGGUGGGAUGAGAAUAUGCGAAUAACCUAUGAU